AUUGGCCGCUCGUUGGAGAAACACAAGGGCUGCGAUAUUCUCGACCUGAACCCAGGAGCUGGGCUCUGGUCGUCCAAGCUCCAUGACUUCCUCAAACCCCGGAAUCAUGUACUGCUCGAGUCUGAUCCCAAGCUGUUCCGGCCGUAUUUACAACCGCUCGUAGACCAGCCUGGCUCGACGUAUAGGUUCGUCGAGGGUGAUCCUACAUUGUAUAGCACUUUUGAUAAGCUCAUUGACGAUGGAUACUUUCCCGAUCAAACGCGCAUUGACCCCGGAGAUUCGCGGGCGCAAGAACCGAACAAUACACUGCUGGUAACAGGAACUCUCAUGUGGAAUCCAAAGCUUCCAGGCAUGGGCUUCGACUCUGUGGCUAGACAGAUCCACGGAGCCUUUGCGAGGAUGGCGUGGCGCAAUGAAGGUUUCCAUGCCAUGGGACCCGCUAGAAUGCUCUUCUGGAUUCUUAGCGAGGAUAUCAAACGUGCACUCCCUCGAGGUGUGCACGGUACCGGGAAGAACACCGCUGUCUUUAUGAAGACGACCGACAUGGUCGAGGUGGUGAGCCCCGGCCAUCCUGAUCCUCGCGCCUGGUUCCGAUCGGCACGGUAUGAAAUAGAGAGCUUGAUUCAGGCGAUGAAGAGGGCCAAGGAGGCUGGGAUAGAACUUCCUGCGCAUCGACGAGAAAACAUCCACGAUUUCGCAGAUGAUGUGGCAAGGAUGACCAAGGGGACGGGCAACAUUGGCUUUGCCGAAUUAAACGAGUACCUGAGGAAACAAGAAGAAAGCGGGAAAUCAACUGAGGGUAUUACCCUUGGACAGCACCGUCAGCUAUGGAUACGUGAGAAGGCGUUCAAAGCAAACCCUCCACCCCCGCCUCAAAGGACAUCAAAGAGAGGGGCACCUCGGGUUUCGGAUGAGCAAAGGAAUUUGAACAAAGUGCGGGCGUCUGUGACGCGUCAUUCGAAUGUGAGACAGAAGAUUGACCAAGCCGUGGACUUGGGAGAGCGCAUCUACCAGCAAGAGUGCCUUAUUCUAAGCACUCCAGAUGGAGCGCGCAAGGAGAAAGAGACAUUAAAAUUGAAGAAGCUGCAGACAGAGUUCCAUGAGGCAUGGGAGAAUAUAGACAAGAACAUCCGAACUUUAGUAUUCGGUGAAUUGGACGACCGGCUGAUGCUCAGGUCGCCAGGCCCUCGAUUGCAAUGGGAUGAGCGACCUUUUGAGCCGCUUGUGCUACAACCGGAUGAAAUAUACCCACCCGUGCAUGCUUCUCUGGUUGACAAUACACCUCGACCUCGACCGGCAGACGAGUCUAUAGAGGACUUUGAAUACUUCACCGACUUUACGACCGCUCUGGUGGGGCCGACCGACUCGAUUAUAGAUGUCAUGGACAAUGUUCAGCACGGGGCCUCGGAGCUCACCGAACAAGUCCCCGCACUGCGAGACCCUAAGAAGGGCGGCAGAUUGGACUUGAGUCAACUGCGCGUUCGCAACCUGACUCCUGAAAUGAUACAGGGUCUUUGCAAGGCCUACAGGGAAUGGCCCUUCCGCAACCCAGAUGCCGCAACUUCAAACUACUUUCGGUCGAGAGCAAGUACACCCAAGGUUAAAGGUAUAAAGUUAUCCAAGUUUUAA